CAGACACGGUGAUUCCUUGCGUUGGCCACCACCGUUCGUGUUGCACGUAUCGCAGACAUGUUGUCCUUUGCCGCGCAAAGGUUGCACAUGGCCCGGUCGCGCCUCCAGCAGACUGUGGCGCCGUCGAAUGUGAUCAUGGUCGAGUGCCGGCCGACGAGCAAUGAGAUGGUGCAUCUCGACGCGAGCAAGUCGAUCGCGCAAUUGCUACACGAAGGAAACGAGCGCGCCGUCCUCUACCGCCUCGCGCAGCCUACGCUCGGUCAAGACGAGUUGACCAAAGUGUUCAAGAGCAACGACGCGCUGUGUACCGCGGUUUGCCUCGGGCACACGGACGUCAUCCAGCGUCUUUUGGCGAGGCCGGACGUUGCAUUGAUCCCCGACUACAUUCUUCAGCCGCUGGUGCUGGCGACGAAACGCGAUCGCGCUGACGUCCUCGGGCUCUUUGCCGCGCGCAACCUGGCGUGGAUCACAACGUUUGGCAGCACCUCGUUUGCGCAAAAAUACUGCGGCGGGCUCUCGCUUUUGCACUACGCGGCGAGCAACCAUGCCCACAACGCGCUUGUCUGGCUCUUGGACCACGGUGUGCCGGCCACAGCGCGCAGCGACUUUGGCGAUACGCCGCUCCAUGAAGCCAGCCGUGAGCGCAACGAACGAGCGCUGACGCUGCUGCUUCGCGCCGGUGCCGACAUCAACGCCACCAACGAUGAAGGAUUCUCGGCCGUUGACUUGGCCAAAGACGGCGAUUUUCGGCUCCUUUUCCUGAAGGAACAUGCGUUUCGAUCCCAGUACCCUUUGCACUACGUGGCGCGCUCCAAUGACGUGGCUGCCAUGACCGCCUGGCUCGCUGACAAGAGCGCGAGUGAGAUUGCAACGGCCUUGGCCACCACCGAUGACGACGGGCGCACGGUCUUGAUGUACGCAGUGGAAGCCCUCGACCUCAUGCGCACCGACGGCCAAGUGCUCACGCAAUUGCUUCCGCACUUGAGCGCCAGCGAUCUCAAGCGGCAAGACCAGACAGGGCGCAGUGCCCUCGAGUACCUCCUCGAGAAGGACGUGAUCUGCCAAACCAACCGCGACGGCGCGUCCAACAUUGCCUUGAUACAAGCACUCGACGCGUUGUCAUGCCAGUCGACAUUGCCGUUGCGGUUUGCCCUUGGCGCCAAGGCCCCCCGCGGGGGCAAGCCGCCGCGGAUUUGCGGCGCGUCGACGGCCAAGUGGGACGAGCUUGAAAACUGUCUACGGACCUCGACAGACUAUGACGAGAUCAAUCUCCACGAUGCGGUGGGUGGCACGGUGCUGCACUACGUAUGUAAAAACAGCAAUGGAAGCGUGUUGCAAGCGCUCUUGAAGCAAACGAAGCUCCAGCUCGACGUGCGUACGCGGGAUACUUCCAAAGCGUUGGCCAUCACGAUUGCCGCCAGCCGCAACUUUGAAGACGGCGUGCGCCUCCUCCUGCGCGCUGGCGCGUUCCACGGCAUCGACGAGCCGUACUCUGCGUCACGCGCCAGCGAGCUGUAUAAGCAAGCAAGCGUCAGCAAGCGACUUGUGUACGACAACUGGGCGCUGCAGCACCGGUACCCCGCCUACCACUUGGUCCGGCUUCUCAACAUUGCCGAAGCCGAACGCUGCAUACGGACCAAGGAAUCCGCGCUGCAUCUUGCGGUGCGCCACGCGCUGCCGAUAAGUGUUCUCGAUCAGCUCUUGGCGCGCGACGACGUCGACUGUGACGCACCCAACGCGGAGGGGGAGACGGCGCUCAUCGUCACCAGCAAGCUCGGACACUGUGAACACGCGACGUGUCUUCUGGCCAACGGUGCCGACGUCUACGUGUGCGAUGCGAUUGGCUGGUCGGCGCUUCAGCACGCGGCGAACCAACACAAUCUGUACAUGAUGGAGCAACUGCUUGCGCACAUUGACGACCUCCCGCUGCAAAAGGAAUUUUUCUGGGGCAACGACCACGUUUUUGGCGAUGACCUCCGACGGGCGACGCGCAUGGCGACCCUCCACGUCGACGACGCCUUUGAGCCGAGCCCGUUCCGCAAGGCCCUUAUGUGCAGCACGACUCUAGUCCAAUGUUUUUUGCACGACUGCGUGACGAUGGACCGUGACGACGCCACGUUUUCGCAUUUGGACAUUGUGUAUGGCAAAUGCGCCCACAAGAGCGCGUUGUACGCGAUUCUGCACUUGAAGCUCGCGAACGCCGACCUGACGUUUGCGGCGCAGCAAAUAUGCCUCGAGCACGCAGUGUUCCGCCGCCUCCUCGAGAUCAAGUGGGAGCUUUUCGGGCGGCGCAUGUAUGUCGAGCGCCUCCUGUUGCAUCUCUUGCUCUUGGUGACGAUGACAAUAUCUUCCAUUCUCUUUGAUGACGCGCGGCCGUCGCCGACGACGUAUACGAUCGGGGUUGUGACCACGCUUUUCGUUGGCGUUGGCUAUGUCGCCGCGCAAUGUCUACGUCCGCGGGUCGUGUCCUGGCUGCACGGCAAAGCAGUGCUGCCACGCGACCUCGUGAUGCUCAUGGGCGUGGUGACACUGGCACUGGCCGUGCCGCUGCUCUUGUAUGCCGAUGCACUUUAUCUUCCUGUGUGGUAUUCCACGAUGAACCACCUAACCCUCGGCGCCACCGUGGGCUAUUUCGUUGUGAACGAAAUCUACGAGCUGCGCGGCAACCGGGCCGGGUACUGGGGCUCGAGUCUCAACGUGGUGCAGCUUGUCAACUACACUGCGAUCCUCAGUGUGUUUUUGCCCCUGAAACUGGGCUGGCUGCACGCGCCCAACCAGGUGCAAGCGGGUAUCGGUGCACUUCUCGCGUCUGUGCUCUGGGUGCUCUCGUUUCAAUUUUUGGAGGUCGUCUCGUCCGCAAGCUACCUCCUCCCGAUGAUGACGCACCUGUUUGGGGACAUUGCAAAUUUUUUCGUGUUUUUUGGCGUCUUUCAGUGCGGCUUGACGCUCAUCUUCUACCAGCUCUUCGUGCUCACGUCCGACCCGGCGUUUAGCUCACUGGGGCAGUCGUUCUCGACGGCGUUCUUUGUCUUGUUUGGCCAAGUCCCGCUCAGCUCUCUCCAAGCGUUUGACGACCCGGCAGAUUCAUUUGCGCCCAUCAUGUACACAUCCACGUCGCUUCUCAUGAUGGCGCACUCGGUCAUCCUUGGCCUCGUGCUCUCCAACGUCCUCAUUGCCAUGUUCAGCCACACGCUGGAGAAAUGCCUCGCAAACGCCAAAGCGCAAGCGCUCAUCACGUACGCGUGGUGCAUCCUUCGCCUCGAGAUGACCAUGAACCUCUCGGAAGCCGACGUGCUGCGCCUCACGCACGACGUUAAUGGCGACGGCAAGCUGCAACUGCGACAACUCUUUACCGCACGCGUCCCCAAGUCGAAGCUCGGGCUCGUCUCCGAGCAAGCGGACGCCUUGGCUCGACACACGACGGCGCGCGCCGACUGGCACAAGCAAAUGCAGGCGCUCGAGAACGUCGUGGACUCACAGAUUCAGUUUGUGGAAGACGCGCUCUUGCACGUGAGUCACUUUACUGAGAUGAACGUCGCCGUCGCGUUCGCUGGCGAGCUCUGCCUUCUGGAGGCAACGCGUGCUGCGCUGCGAACACUUGUUGCUACCGCGCGCCAGAGCCAGCGUCCGUUCCGACAUGCGAUCCUCCCGACGCUCCAACGACAAGCCUCCAAGGUGCUGAAGCGGAGCGCGGCCGAGAUGCAUACGUUGUGGCGGCGCUCGGACGACCCGGCGCAGAUGAACGACCACGACCAGUGCAUGCUUCUCUUUCAGCUCAACCAGCACACGACGCUCGAGACGCCAUUCGCAGUGAUGGUGCAGACGAUUCUGGCAGCCAUUGAAACCGCCUUUGAGAUCGAGAGAGACAUUGACGACGCAGCGACGCGCCACGCCAAGCAGAUGACCGAUAUGGCAGCACAGUUGGAGGCCGUCGAGAAGCAGAACCGCGCAUUGUCAACAGAGCUCCAAGCAAUGGCAGCGCAGCAAACCGCGAUGCUCUCGCUCCUCACUCGAAUGAGACAAAGCGCCAUGUCCACGACGCUUCCAACAAGCAACUAG